ACCCUGUGAUGAUGUCUGGAAAGGAAUCACCCCAGAGACAGCUGUUCCUAGUUGAGAACUCAGCCUUGGUCGAGACAAACUUGAUUUCCCUGACAGAUGAGCCACCAAGACUUUUCACUUUUGUGGUCACCUGCCUCCUCAGACCCACAGCUGUGGAGGAGACCGUCUGGCAUUGUCUGGCUUCCGCUUGAGAAAGAGGGAGAAAGAAAGAGAAAGCUGAAGGGGGAGGGAAAUAAGGCAGCACGAGGGAUAAUGGAGAAAGGAGGAAAAGGGAAAGGCAAGUCCGAGAGGGAAGUGAUAGGCUGGUUGGGCUCAGGGUCUGACAGGUCCACCGUAUUAGCAUUUCAUCCCCUUGGAAUGGAAACCUCUGGAAACCCUAAAGGGGCAUCUCAUUUCCGAGCGCGAAGUAACGGCACAGCCAACAAGAUGAACGGCGCUUUGGAUCACUCAGACCAGCCAGACCCAGAUGCCAUUAAGAUGUUUGUCGGACAGAUCCCCCGGUCCUGGUCGGAAAAGGAGCUGAAAGAACUUUUUGAGCCUUACGGAGCUGUCUACCAGAUCAACGUCCUCCGGGACCGGAGUCAGAACCCUCCCCAGAGUAAAGGUUGUUGUUUCGUAACAUUUUAUACAAGAAAAGCUGCACUUGAGGCCCAGAAUGCACUGCACAAUAUUAAAACUUUACCUGGGAUGCAUCAUCCCAUUCAGAUGAAACCUGCAGAUAGUGAAAAAUCAAACGCCGUGGAAGACAGAAAAUUGUUCAUAGGAAUGGUUUCCAAGAAAUGUAAUGAGAACGAUAUCCGGGUGAUGUUCUCUCCAUUUGGCCAGAUAGAAGAAUGCCGGAUCCUCCGGGGACCCGACGGGCUGAGUCGAGGCUGUGCGUUUGUCACAUUUUCUACAAGGGCAAUGGCACAGAAUGCAAUCAAAGCCAUGCAUCAGUCUCAGACCAUGGAGGGCUGCUCUUCACCGAUUGUGGUGAAGUUCGCUGAUACUCAGAAGGACAAAGAGCAAAGACGCCUCCAGCAGCAGCUGGCACAGCAGAUGCAGCAGCUCAACACUGCCACCUGGGGGAACCUGACGGGUCUGGGCGGCCUCACCCCGCAGUACCUGGCGCUUCUGCAGCAGGCCACCUCCUCCAGCAACCUGGGUGCAUUCAGUGGCAUUCAGCAAAUGGCUGGCAUGAAUGCUUUACAGUUACAGAACCUGGCAACGCUGGCAGCGGCUGCAGCCGCAGCCCAGACCUCAGCCACUACCACCAAUGCAAAUCCUCUCUCCACCACGAGCAGCGCUCUAGGAGCCCUCACCAGUCCCGUGGCUGCUUCAACCCCCAACUCCACUGCUGGUGCAGCCAUGAAUUCUCUGACCUCUCUCGGGACUCUGCAAGGCUUGGCAGGAGCCACUGUCGGACUGAAUAACAUUAAUGCACUAGCAGUUGCUCAAAUGCUCUCAGGUAUGGCGGCUCUGAAUGGAGGACUUGGCGCCACGGGCUUGACGAAUGGCACGGCGGGCACCAUGGACGCCCUCACCCAGGCCUACUCAGGGAUCCAGCAGUACGCGGCCGCGGCGCUGCCCACGCUGUACAGCCAGAGCCUGCUGCAGCAGCAGAGCGCGGCCGGCAGCCAGAAGGAAGGUCCAGAGGGUGCAAACCUCUUUAUUUACCACCUUCCACAGGAGUUUGGAGACCAGGACAUCCUGCAGAUGUUCAUGCCUUUUGGAAAUGUUAUCUCUGCUAAAGUCUUCAUUGACAAACAGACCAAUCUGAGCAAGUGCUUUGGUUUUGUUAGCUACGACAAUCCCGUGUCUGCGCAAGCUGCUAUCCAGGCUAUGAAUGGCUUUCAGAUUGGCAUGAAACGCUUGAAGGUCCAGCUGAAGCGCUCCAAAAACGACAGCAAACCUUACUGAUCCUAACCCCAGAGGCUCCCUGCUCUUAUUUUAGCUUUCUUAGGACAUCUUCAUGCCCGUUAGUUCACCGUUUGCCUAGCAUGUCCCUGUGGCGUCUCAAAAAAAAGUUUCAUCGUCCCGUCAUUGUUUCUGAUGUCUUUCUGACCUCACAUCAUAUUUGGUUCUCCUACUGACCUUUGAUCUAGUUUGACCUUUGAAAUUUGCAUGUGACCUCAUCUAGCUAUGAAUUCUGGGAAGUCAAUGUGAAAAACAUUGCUGCAUUCAUGCAAGACUGAAAUUUAUUAUUACACAAAUUAAUAAUAGGAAAAAAACCUGUGGCAAAAAUGUUUCUUUUUUUUUUUCUUUUCUUUUCAUAAAACAGACUUGAAAGUAUUAUACAGGGAUUGGCAUUCUUCCCGGUCACUGGUAACAAUAGCAAUAUGUGUCCAGGGACACAGAAUGUUGGUUUCUAACAGACUACUUCCAAAAACAGUUUGAGAAAAAAACUGUCUGAUUUUAAGUCUCUAGAGGUCUGUAAUAGUUUUUACAUUUUUCAGGCAGUGUAAAGUUUUUUGAUAAGGCCAUUUUAGGUGGCUCACUUUCUCAUUAAGAUAUAUAUAUAGAACCACUUUUUGUAGAUUAGUAUAAGAAAAAUAUUUACCCUGUUUUGGGGCAAAUGCUACCUAUUUGUGUCACCUUUUGCUGAACUGACUCACAGUUAGACAAUCCAUGGUUUAAUGCACAUGAAAUUACCUAUAUUUUAUACUGUUUCAAUGUACAGGAGAAAGGUUACUGUAAACUGUGUUACGUUGGUGCUUCUGUGAAUUAAGUUGUGGUUUCAUCAUGAGUCUUAUGGUCUUAAUGUUCUUUGUUGAUAAGACAAGUUUAGAAUUGGUUUACUUAAAACAAAAAAGAAUUUCAAAAAAAAAUUGUUUGCUUACAAAAAAUUUCAUGUGAGGGAAAAAAGAAAACCUAUUCCAGAGUAAGUUUUGUGUUGGCUUGUAAGGCAUUGAUGUCAUUUUUUUUUUUUUUGUGGACUAUUUAGAUGUGUUUGUGUUCAGCAAAAUGUGAUUUUUUUUUUUCUUUUAAAGAAAAAAAGUGAAAAUAUAUAGUGCCAAAUUCCAAAGGUACUUCCUUCCUAGAGCUUCAGUGUGUUUCUUGUGAGAAGUAAUUUGAUAACAUGGGUAUUUUAUUAUGUGUUUUGUAUAAAUCCCUAAUAUUUAAAAAACAAAAAACAAAAAAAAAGAGGUUAAAAAGUUUGUUAACUUGCUAUCCUGUGGUCUUGUUGCCUGAAAUUGUUAUUGUUUGUUAUUUCUCUAUGAUGUUUUUUGUAAGACAUUGUAUAAGUGCCCAUGUCUCACUUUUUUAACCACUCUGAACAUCAAUGCUGUGACGGCAACCUCACAAUGUAUUUUCUUCAUGAUAUAUGGAAACCUCUAAGGUGAGAAAGUUUUGAACUUUUAACCCUUUCUACCCAGCGCUAUCUGGAAUGUUAACUUUUUAUGCUGUCAUCAUUUUCGUUUGUUUUGGGGUGUUUCUAAUUUGGAUUUUUUUUUCCUGCAUAUAUCUUUGAGUUGUUUCUGUCUUUACUACUACUUUAUCCUUUGGUUGAGAGCCAAAAGAAAGGAAAAAAAAUACACUUUAAAAAUAGUUUACUGGAUAAACCUUCUGAGGGGAACAGUAGCUAGUCAAGCACCUAAAUAAACCUUAAAUUCAAUAUGCUUUUGAGAUCAGGUUAGCGGUAUGUUCCAGUUUAGAAUAAUUUCACAUACCUUCCAGUUAAACGGCUUUGUGAUGAUGGGGUAGUCUUUUGAGGGAUUUUUUGGUUUUGUUUCUUACAUAUUCCCAAAUUAAUAUUUCUUAUCAGCCAUUGUGCAGUGGAUACCUCUGAAUAAGCCAGGUGUCUGGAGUUAGAAGUUGACAGUCCUUUUCCCUGCCUUUUUGUUUCUUUUGAAUCGAAUGCAUCUAAAGGGGACUGACCGUCAAAGGCAGACUCAGUUCUUCAUCACAGUUACUGACCAAAUACCUAGCACCCGUUCCUGCUGCCACUUUCUAAAAGCGCCAUAUUUCUUUGACUUUCACUUCAUGUGAGCAGGUCUCUUGCUGUCCUGACAAACCCCAGAGUCAUCCCCACAGUCCCAAAACACACUCCUUUCUGGAAGCUUCUUUGUCUCUCUAAUGGAGCUCAGAAACUGCUGGCUCCAUUUCCUUCCUCCUUUUCCCGCUCACCACCCUGUUUGGUUUAAUAUGUGUGUGGAUGUGAUAGCCCUGGGAUGGAAAGGACUAGCCUCUAAUGAUGCAAAAAAAAAAAAAAAAAAAAAAAAAAAGUUUCCUUCUUAACAGCACAUGCACUUACAAUGAAAUGAUCUGUAUUAUCCUCACACACGUGUUUACUACUGCUGGGGCCUUCCUUCAUCCUUCGAGGGCUAUUUUGUACUUCCUGCAGCAAGCAGCUGAAUAAUAGAGGUUAUCGCACUUGUCUCUCUCUUGUGUAGAUGAUAAUAUGGUGGUACAGAGAUACAUCCAUAAGAACACAAGACAACACCAUU